AUGAAGCGGAAGGCGAUGACCACCGAUGGACCACCACGUAAGUAUCCGAAUUACGGUACUAUUCUCGACGAGAGUGACAUCACUGUCACCCUCAUUAAAGAAGCCCUUGAGUUGAUACCUUAUUUAAGUAACGUAAAUGAGAGACGCUCUUUUAUCGAACGAUGGGUUGUAGAAUGCUCACAACAUGAAAACGUGUUAUCAAGCAUUCUUAAAUCGAUGUACUUUACACAUCAAAAGCAAAGAUGUGUAAGCAUUCUACAAUCCAUCAUAAGGUUUCGCGCAUUGUUUGAAUCCCACGUAAUAGAUGGCGCUGGAAUCGGUGACCCAGACAUUAAGAAACGUGUUCGCUGGGCAGAGUGUGAGAGUGCUUUCGCGUGUAGACUGUACACUAAUAUGGUCUUGAACCUAGUACACGUCGAUGUAAGCUCGUUUUUAAACGAUGCGUCCAUACUGUUUCAGGACCACAUUAGAGGUGCCUUAAAUAAAAAUGGACCUAUUGUAGUGUAUGGUGUUCUCAUCGCCAAUUUUAAGAGGGUUGAGAAUGAUGUGGAGGUUGUUAAGCCUAUUCCUUUUGGAACCAAGGCCAACAGCAUCUUUCCCACAACCCUUUUAGACGAUUGGUUUGAUGAGAACAUCAAACAUCCGAUUUUGCACAGCGUCGAAGAGUUCUAUGCAAAGGGUUCAAAUUGGAACCUUCAAUCAAUCAUAAGAUUAGAAAUAAAUGUAAAUAAAUAUAAUCCAAUGCGUGCAAGCUCUUACAUUGAUUUACCGAUAAAAAUAAAAAAUAAACAUGCAUGUAUUAACGUGCAAAAUAAUGACAAUGAAUGUUUUAAGUGGGCGGUAUUGUCAGCCUUACACCCAAAUGUCUCCGAUCCUAAACGUGUGUCUAGUUUUAAAGAAUUUAAAGAUGAAUUGAACUUUGAGGGAAUUGAAUUCCCAGUGACGCUUAAAAAUAUCCCGAAAUUUGAAAAGCUUAAUGAUGUUUCGAUUAAUGUGUACGGUCUAUCAAAGAGCUAUGGUAACUUUACGGUACACCCUCUCCAUCUCACUGCGGAAAAAAGAGAUAAGCAUGUAAAUCUCUUGUAUGUUGCCGACAUGUAUGCGGAUAAAAAUAAUGAUGAUAAUACUGUAUUGUAUGACAACGAUGAUUUUAUGAACUUCCAUUAUGUAUGGAUUAAAGAUCUGUCACGCCUUGUGUCUACACAGUUGUCUAAAAAGAAAUGUAAAAAACAUAUCUGUGACCGCUGUUUACACUACUUUUCAUCUGUAGAUAGAUUGAAUGCACACAUCGAAAAUUGUAAAAAAAUGAAUGAGUGUAAAAUUAAAUUACCGACGCCUGACAAGAGUCUGAUCACAUUUAAAAAUUAUAAGAAUAAAGAGAAAGUACCGUAUGUAAUUUACGCCGACUGCGAAAGUCUACUUCUUCCCGCCGAUGAAGAUGUAGACAAUUUAAGUAAAACUGAAGUAUUCCAGCGCCACAAAUUGUUAAGCAUCGGCUAUUAUAUAAAAUGUAGUUAUGACGAAACAUUAUGUAAAUAUGUACCAUGUCCGAAAAAUGAAUCUGAUCCUGCUAAAUGGUUUACUGAGGAAUUAAGGCAAUUAUCUGAAAAAAUUGAUAAUGUAUUUAAAAAUCCGAUACUAAUGAAUGCCUUAACUCCUCAAGAAAUCAGUGACUUUAAGCGAGCGACAAUAUGUCACAUUUGUCAUCAGAAAAUACCGGCAAGCGAAAAGAAAGUCCGCGAUCACUGUCACCUUACUGGCAAAUAUAGGGGUGCUGCCCAUGAAUCGUGCAAUCUAAACUACCAAGACUGUCAAACAAUUCCCGUGGUGUUCCACAACUUAAGUGGUUACGACGCCCAUUUUAUAAUUCAUGCGAUUUCUACGAGCUUUGAAGGAAAAAUUGACCUCCUCCCCAUUAACAAAGAGAAGUACAUCUCUUUUACUAAACAUGUCAAGGGGAGUGAGGUCAAAUUUCGAUUCAUUGACUCAUUGCGAUUCAUGGCAGCAUCCCUAGAAAAACUCGCAUCGUACCUAGACGAGUACAAAAUCGUCAACUCCGUUUUUGCCAGUACGGUGACAGAUCCGGAUAAAAUAAAAUUACUAACGCGUAAAGGUGUAUUCCCCUAUGAGUACUUUGACUCGAAAAGUAAGUUAGACGAAACCGAAUUGCCCCCGAUCGAGAAAUUUUAUAGUACGCUUUAUGAUGCCGGUAUUUCUGAUGACGAGUAUGCGCAUGCGCAAAAUGUAUGGACCGAGUUUGACUGUAAAAAUCUAUAUGACUAUGUCCAUUUGUAUAUGAAAACUGAUGUACUGUUACUUGCGGACGUCUUUGAAAAUUUCCGAGUAGAAUGUGUAAAAGCGUACGGGUUAGAUCCUGCCCACUACUACACAACCCCCGGUUUAACUUGGGAUGCUAUGCUCAAGUACACGAGCAUAGGAUUGCAACUUAUAACUGACAUCGAUAUGAUUAUGUUUGUUGAGUCUGGUAUUAGAGGUGGCAUUAGCCAAUGUUGCAACCGAUAUACUAAAGCAAAUAAUCCGUAUAUGGAGAAAUUUGACAAAAAUGAAGAUACAAGCUAUAUUAUGUACUUCGAUGCCAAUAAUCUAUAUGGCUGGGCAAUGGCUCAAGCGCUCCCUUAUGGCGGCUUCAAAUGGGUUGAUAAUGUCGACAACUCCUUCGAUUUUAAUGUGCCUGACGAUUCACCUGUUGGGUACAUACUCGAAGUUGACUUGGAGUAUCCUGAAAAUCUCCACGAUACUCACAAAGAUAUGCCAUUUUGCGCAGAAAAUGCGAAACCACCCCUCUCGAAACAGGAGAAAUUAUUAACAACUCUCCAACCAAAAGAAAAAUAUGUGAUCCACUACCGCACUUUAAAACAAGUUGUCGCCAACGGCAUUAAGCUUGUUAAAAUUCAUCGAGUCUUACAGUUUAAGCAAUCAACAUGGCUUAAACCAUAUAUAGACUAUAAUACGAUGAUGCGAACCAACGCCAAGAAUGAGUUCGAGAAAAAUUUGUUCAAGCUCAUGAACAAUGCGGUAUACGGUAAAACAAUGGAAAAUGUCCGUAAACAUGUCGACAUUAAGCUUGUCACCCAAUGGUUUGGCCGCUAUGGAGCUGAAGCCCUUAUUUCUCGCCCGAAUUUCCAUAGUCGAGCGAUAUUCGACGAAAAUCUGGUUGCCAUUGAACUGCGUAAAACCGAGGUACUACUCAACAAACCGAUCUAUGUGGGGUUAAGUGUGCUCGAUGUUUCCAAAACGCUUAUUUACGAUUUUCACUACGGGUAUAUGUUAAAAAAAUACGGCGACAAUUGUAAACUGAUGUAUACCGAUACAGACAGUCUAAUCUACGAAAUUAAAUGUAAAGAUGUCUACAAUGACAUGAAAAAUGACAUCCAAAAGUUCGAUACGUCAGACUAUCCCGCAAACAACGUGUACGGCAUUCCGCAAGCCAACAAAAAGAUUCUCGGUCUAAUGAAAGACGAAUGUAACGGCAAGAUCGUUACCGAAUUUGUUGGCUUGCGGAGUAAGAUGUACAGCGUACGGGUUGAAGGUGAAGACAUUAUUAAAAAAGCUAAAGGCAUUAAAUCCGGCGUUGUUAAAAAGAGUAUUCACUUUGAUGAUUAUGUAAAAUGUCUGAGAGAUUUUGACAUUCAAACUUGA